AUGAUGGAGGAAGAACGUUUAAACGACAAAAAAACAAUUCAGACUUUGGAGGACAAAAUUGAGCUUUUGGAAAAGAGAUCACGAGCAACAGUUGUAGAAAUACGAAACACGCCAAGAAUUUAUGAGCAGAAUAAUAGACCAGAGUCCAAAACUGAUUUAUGCGAUAUUGUCAAGAUCUUGGCGAAGGCAGUGAACUGCAGUCUUCAAGAAUCAGAUAUAAGGGAUGUUUAUCGCAUACUCUCCAAACAUGAAACGUCUCGUCCUAUUAUUUUGGACUUAAACAGCGUCAUAAAAAAGAAGCCCUAUUAA